CUUAUCGACCUUUUGAUGGUACAUGAUUGGAAUUUGGGUAGUAAGCAAAAUGGAGAUUCUGUGCCAUAUUUUCCUCGCCGUAUAGCCGAUAUUGACCAAUUUGCUAAUCGUAUUCUCAGCUAUGGAGCCGAAUUGGAUUCUGAUCAUCCCUUAAGUAAGCACCUCCUUUGCGAAAGAAGUGCGAAAGGGAGAUUAGUUGUGACAAACAAAGUAUGGGAUUCUGAGUGA